AGCAGCUGCCAUCGACCAGAGCCAAGUUAAUCGAAGCGCGUCGCUGGAAAAGUGCAAGUGCCUUCCACGCUUUCCCAACCGUGCAGUGCAGCUCGCGUAUCCCAAAUAUCAAUUGAAAAUCCCUUGAGAUGCUGUGCCAGCGACACAUCCAUUGCCGCCUGCUGCUGGCAGGACAGCUGCUAAUGCUGCUGCCCAUCAUGCAAACCACGCCCGUGUCCAGUCCCGAGGUAGCCAACAAGGCAGCCCAAUCGCCCAACAGUCUGCUGGUGCAACAGCAGCAGCAACAGCAGCAACAGCAACAGCAGCAACAGCAACAGCAGCAACAACAGCAGCAGGAGGCGCACCUGAACUCACUCAGCGCCUAUGCCAGUGGAUAUGACAGCCUGGCGCAGCUACAGAUGCAGAGCCAACUCCAGAGUCAGCUACAAAGCCAGAUUCAGGCACAGAACCAGGGCCAGGGCCAGGGACAGUCGCAGGCCGAGGCAGAUAACUCCUCCUUCAAGCCCUCCUACAAAAUGCCCGAAAUGGAGACGAACUUCACGCCCAUGCAGACGGCUGGCACGCCCAGCGUGGGGGGCCUGCCCUCCACGCCCAUGCUGAUGCAGUACCUGCCCGCCCAGACCCUGCAGGAUGGCACCGGCACCGUGCAGUACCUCCAGCUAAUACCCACACGUCCGAUUAUCGUGCCCAUCAGUCCCUAUCUGCAGGCGGCUGCCGCAGCUGCGGGCAACAUGCCCACACCGCCAGCGCCCAGCGUGGUGGCAGCACCACAGCCCGACUUCUCCGGCCGCACAGCCACCGUGCUGAGCGCCCUGCCGCCCAACUACGGCCCGCUGCAGGGCUAUGCCACGAGCAUCAAUCCUGCGGCCGCCUACCGCAGCACUUACCGCAUCAACCGCGAGGCCAAGGACAAACAUUAUCCGGCCACCUUCUCGCUGAACCUCAACGAGUAUCUGCCAGCCUCCUCGGUGGGUCACGAUGCCAGCACCCAUUUGUACCUCAGGCCACGAUCGUAG